AACCGCUGGGUUCAAUAGCCUAUAGAUAAAAUCCGGCUUGAAAAAGUUAUCUAUUAAGCAUACGCAUUGACACCCCGAGAUUGCAUGCGAUCGACGAUCACCAGGGUCCUUGCUGAUGCCAAGAACGUCCCACUGGCAAAGGCAUCAAAAGUACGACAAUGACUGAUCUCAGAAGUCGCAAAGAAUUCUACAAAUAUCUGACUGUGGAGCUGGUGAUCAUGGCGGGCACGGUCAUGCUGGCAUAUUACUUCGAAUACACGGACACCUUCAACGUGCACGUGCAGGGGUUCUUCUGCUACGAGACCGCCUACACGAAACCCUACCUCGGACCAGAGGACGCGAGCGCGAUCCCGCCGGCGCUGCUUUACGCGCUAGUCGCCGGAGUCCCCACACUGGUGAUAACUGUGACAGAAACAGCACUGUUCUUGAUACAGUACACGUCGAAAGACCUUGACACUCGGGAGAAGACCAUCGUGACGGGAGACUGCUGCUACCUGAACCCCUUAGUCAGGAGAACUUUCCGUUUCCUCGGUGUGUACCUGUUUGGCCUCUUCACCACAGACAUCUUUGUGAACGCCGGUCAGGUGGUUACGGGCAACCUGGCCCCUCAUUUCCUCACGGUGUGUAAACCAAACUACACGGCCCUGGGCUGCCAGCAGGCGCUGCGCUACAUCAGCCAUCAGGAGGCCUGCAAUGGAAACGAAGAUGAUAUACUCCGCGCUCGCAAGACUUUCCCUUCCAAAGAAGCAGCGCUCAGCGUGUACGCUGCAGUCUAUCUGGCUAUGUACAUCACAUUUACAGUUAAAGCCAAAGGAACUCGGUUGGCUAAACCUGUCAUGUCUCUGGGUCUGAUGUGUCUGGCAUUCCUCACGGGUAUUAACAGGGUGGCUGAAUACCGCAACCACUGGUCUGACGUCAUCGCCGGGUUCAUCAUCGGUGUGGCCAUUGCAAUCUUUCUAGUGGUGUGCGUGGUCCAUAACUUUAAAGGCGGGCCGCUGCUAAGCGAAGACCCUCCACAGGACCACGUGAGCAAUCCCAUGGUCAGCUCACCCAGAGUCGAAAGUCCGAUGGAAAAGUACAUCGCCUCACAGGUGUCAGAACUGAGAAUGGAUGAUGAGGAGUUGUCGUCUGGCACACUGAAAGAGCGUCUCCUGAGUUUCUUUAGCUGGAUCGCCGGCAAAAACAGAAGCUUCAGACACCUGCAGAGCACAAGGCAAUAAACAAUCACAUCACCUUCGCUGAGAUCACGUGACCUUGAGUCGCCGGUGUGGCAGACACACUGGACAUCCACGAUGUUUACCGUCCAAUCCCGAUAAUCUGACUGAAUCACAUGCUUUCUGGUGUUGUUUUGAUUCGCUCUGCCCUCGUUUGUGUGUGGAAGUGUCGGUCUCGUGAACAAAUAACUGUUUCUACUGUACUGUAGUGAAGCUACACUUUUCCAUGACUGGUUCUGCUUGCUUUUAAGCAGACAAUAUAACUGCUUACGUGUAUCUUGGGAGCACUUGGGGGAUGUGUAUGUGUUUAUCCAUCUUUGAAAUUCAGAAUGGACUAAACUUAAAGUCGUGGAGAUGUGUUUUUCUUCAUUAUAGUGUAUGUAUGUGGAUGAUUCUUUAUUUAAGGGCACUGUUAACUGUUUUGAAUUCUCAUAUUCCUGCUUUGCAUUGACAGAGAAAUGCUUAUGAUAACUAAAUAUAAACAUAACAAAAACAACUUAAUAUCACCAAACAAUUGUGAAA